AUGUCUUCGGCGCAGUCGGCCUCCGCCAGCUUAGAUCAACCAAACCCCAUCGCCGCGCAAUAUCCAGACCUUGUCAGCGGAACUCUUAAUGGAACCACUAUGAUAGUUCCCAUAGCCCUCGAGCUCGCGCGUCAACUGAUUCCCGGAGGUUACGCCAUCUUGGAGCAGUCCUUUCGGUCACUGCUUCCGUCCUUUCCCGCAGGCAUGUAUCCGAUGAUGGUUUCAGCCAAGCACGACCACGAUAUCCAAUUGCCGGCUUACAAUCUUUCAAUACCGGACUUCACUCGAGCUGCAUUUGAGUUUCCCUUCCUAGACCUCAGCGGCGACGGACAUACUCCCUAUCGUCUGCAGGACACUGUGCUCAUGACCGCCUCCAAUCAAGGAGCCAUAAGCGGUGCGGCAGGAUACGGAAUCAAGGUUUAUCCUGCCGACUUGGACCCUCCAAACGACGGCUACCGGUCCGAUGGAAACGGCGGCAACUAUUUCAGCGCUACCAGCGUCGAACAGGUAGACGGCGUGAGCAAGUUCUUGACGGUUGCAAGCACACCCUGUGCGCGUGAACCGCCGUAUCCUAUUGAAUUCAUCAAGAAUAUCACAAAUCAAGUGGUGUUUGCGAACUCAUCCGUAUGCGAUAAUUAUCAGCUGCUGUUCAACACGUCGCUGACAGCGCCACCUUUCGAGCCCCAGCCGGUAACAGGAACAGUCACUGGUCUUCUUGAGCCCUUCACAACACCCCAAACAUGGACGGGUGUAUUUGGGUGGAAUUAUGCCACAGCGUUUUUGGAGCCAAUAGCCCCUCAGGCCUGCCCAAAGGCUUCGUCAUGA